GGUAGCCCUGAGACAAAACAAGAUAACCUGAUUCAGCAAGUUGGCAGGAACGAGCUGACCUCCCCGGUGCUUAAAUGGUUGAAACAGAUGGCCCUAUACUGUUUGAUUCCGAGAGAGGAGCCAACUAACAUGGAUGAACAAAACAGCCACAUACUCAGAUGCUGGAGAAAGAUUGCAAAACAUUGGUCUGUUCCAGAGGAGGAGCCAUCAACUAAUCAUGAUCUCCUCCCCAUACAGGGCAUGUUGAUUCUUGAAAGGCUUGCUUCCUUUGAUCUUGAGAACUGUAUAGAAAUCAGCAGAGCAACUGGCCUCAUUUCAAAGAUUGUAGAGUUCACAAGCAAUAUGUCUAACAUGAAAAAUAUUGGUGAGACACAUAAGACACUGCUGAAAUGUUCAUCACUGAAGCUGCUGGCAAGACUUGCAAGUACUAAAGGCAAAUUUGGUGUAACUUUGCGUCAGAAGAUUACAGAACAUCUCUUCCUUUGGAGCAACCUUGCAGAGAUCUUGGAUAACAGAGGGAGCAGCCAAGAACUUAGGGAGCUUACAACAGGACUCGUUAGAAACUUUGCCAUGGAUGGAAAUGUAAAUAAUGAGAUCGGGCACAACCCGAUGAUCAUUAGCAGGUUGAUGCAGGCAUUUCUUAGCCAAGGCGCAUCCUCAAGUGCAGAUUCAGAUCAGUUACUACGAAUGAACACUGGGCAAGCACUAGCACUACUGGCAAUGGAGAGUGUCAGUAACUGUCUGGUUAUGUUAGCGGAACCAGGGUAUGUCUUCAUCAAGGAACUCACAAUUAUGAUCCAUAGUGGCAGGUACAGGUACAUAGCUUCAAGCCUGUUGCAGAAUAUGUGUGUGCAUGCUCAAUCUGAGCUUGGUGACUCGGACCUGAAGGAAAUAUCCUACAUUACGAGAGAGGUGCUGGAAGGAAUAAUGGAUGCAGAAGGUACAGAAUUGGAGGUUCUUGUUGGCCUUAGUUCACAAAUAUGCAAUGUCAUUCCAGGAGAUUUUGCACGAGAACUAGAGCAUGGUCAGAUUAAGGAAAGAUUUAUCAAGAGACUUGUCAAUGCACUUAACUCAUAUAUGAUACCCACCUCUCAUUGUCCCGGAAUCAGGAGGGUGAUAGUUGAACAUGUUAUAUACAUGAUGGAGUGUAAUCCUGGCAACGCCAGCUGUUUCAACAAAUACUGGAUGAUGGAAGUACUGCUAAUGGUGGAGCGUACAACUUCAAGCGCUGAAAAUUACAGGUUCUUCUCGGGUGAUGCAGGACUCAUGGAGCACAGCGUACCUCUAUCCGCUCUUGUGGCUAGAGCAAAAGAACUGAUGAGCCGUGAGUAGCUAUGAGGCAUCAGCGGUGUCACCUGAACAUGUAUUUAGAUGUAUUGUACUACUGGCCUAUACUGGGAGCCUGGGAGACUCAAUUUGCUCACCAUAGUAGCGAGCUACUCAUUGCAAUCCAAGGAGAUCCCAUGAAAUUAGAGUUGAUAUUAAGCUGUUGAUUUGUGUUGACAAGUCCACAUUGUACU